ACCCUCGACCACAUACCGAUAAUCACCAUGACAAAAAUUCAUAUUUUUACUGAUAAAUCACCCAUUUCUGAAAACACGGCGAAAUUGUUAAAGCAAGGUGUCGAAUCCGUUUGCGGCUCCAAGUGCAAAGUAUAUAUUAAGGAUCUUGCUCAGACGCCUACAGAGGCGGGCAAAACCGACUAUGAUGAAGUAGACGCCACAAACUUCAAGAAGGAGCUGUUGAAAGCGGAUGCUUUCCUUUUUUCUACAACUGGAUCAUUGUCUGUGUUUGAGAAACAUUAUCUUCACGAAGAUUCAUCGGUGGAUCGCGAACUCCCAUUAAAGGGCAAAAAGUUUGCGGUGAUCAUGACAAACAAGACCACCUUUGACGGGCCUCAGGCUACGGGUACUCACGCAUUGGAUCACAGGUUGCUGGAACGAUUGAUUGCCCACGGUUUAUCACAAAGUCCGGCUUUGAUGGCCAAUCCGCACGACGGUGACAAUGAAUUAGUGGCUGCCGGUCGACGUUUUGCCGAAGAUCUGUGCGGUCAGAAUUAAAACAGUUCGCAGUAACAGAACAUGAACAAAGUAACGCAGUGGAUUCCAUGAAUAGAUGAUAGUAUUUAUCUGCUUCAAUGAUUGUAUAAAAUGUUUUAACGACUAUGCUCAGCAUAUUCUUCUUU